GCGCUUUGCUCUGCGCCACCAUCAUCCGCUGUCAUCGUCGGCGCCAGUCUCUCACUCUCGGCAUUUCAAGCGCCUCUCCGCAGCCGUGACGCAUCAGUCGCACGCCUCGCUGUUCGUGCAUCAGACAGUGGCUUUCCUCAAGCUCCGCAGCUAAGCUCGUGAGCUCGUCCCGCCAAGCAGAGUGAGGCAAGGCACAUUUGCACUCUUUGCAAGCUCGUCAUCGUACCGCCGCUCUCAUCACCAUUGUCUCCAUCAACAUGGAGGCUCAGCAUGCCGCCGCCGCAGCCAGGCUCAUCGCCGCGCGAACAACCUUCUUUGCCGCUCACGAGACCAAGCAGGCUGCUGCUGUGGAUCUCAUCGCCGCGGCUGAAGAUGUGAGGAUCACGGGCCAGCAGGCGAGGGACCGCGCUCAGGCAGCAGUGAAGAAGCUCCUCAACACAUACGCUCCUCGCAAUGCCCACAAGGAGGACAUUGUCGGUGCAUUCGAGCCGCCCCAACUCGUGUCACCGAGCGCAUUCGAGCAACUCGCUGAGCACGUCAUCGCCACGAAGCGCGCUGCUCUCACCCAGCUGAUGGCAGAGACUGCCGACGCUCCUCAGAAGGAGCGACAAGCUGCACUUCGCACCCUCUACAUGGCGUCAACGAAGGGGCUCCAGAACGCGAGGCUAGCUGCCCUCGAGCUGCUCGACUUCGAGCACGUCCCCGAGCCUGGCCUCACAGCGGCCAGGGAGAAGCUCAGCAGCGGGCACAUCUUCUCUGAGGCCAGGCGAUCCUAGUAUCUUCUGCUUGCUCGAGACAUCGGGCAGGCUCUCAGCGAAUCUUGCGCGCUGGAGGAGCGUCUCGCAGCCGCGAAGGACGACGAGGAGGACUCCAAGCAUGGCCUGCUGGAAGGCCAGGUCGACGCCAACGCAGCCGCCGAGGCGCCCGGCAAGCGCGCAGCCGGCGAGAAGCAUGCGGCCGAGAAGAAGCGCCGUGUCGGAUAACCACUCCUCACCUCGAGCCGGCCAAGUCGCCGCCUCUUCGCGCAUCGCAACUGCGCCGCCCGAUCCUUCGUCCGCGUCACCUCGUCAUCUGUCCAUCCACACCUCGCCGUCGUCUGUCCUGUAGCCAUCAUCACAUCGUGUCACCUCGUCACUCCCACAACGAAGCUUCGUAUCUGUGAUG